AUGGAGGAUGCAUCAUCUGCUUUUUCUGCCUUUCUUGGUUUUCAGCAUGGCUGCAAUAAGAUCCACGAUUGGCAUGUCUCAGACAGACCCACGGCUUGCUCCUACUGCCUCUCUCGAGCAAAGCAACUUCAAGCUGCAGCAGACGUUCGCCGAGACUUCCUGCACAUGGUGCUGCUGGGAAUGUAUGACCGAGCUGGCGGCUACGCAAAUCACCAUCGAUACCUCGAUGAAUUCGAGCACCGUUGGACAGGGCAUGACCCGCCACAGAUUCUGGCUGCUGCUAGCGCCUCCUUAUAUGCACCAGACAUUGUGCCCAUCAAGACGUGGUGUCAACAUGUGUACCCUGAACUGGCCCACCAUCUGUGGGUACCUCGUGAGCCCAGCCGAAAACCCCGACCCGGCGCUAGACCUACCCCGAGACGCCUCUGCCUAGGUAAGCAGCUCAGACCCCGGAAGCUCAGACCUCAGGCCCUGGCCGACACUGGCCCAGCAUCCAUCUCGACUGCGGCAGAAGCAACCACAGGGGCGACAGAUGGGGAGGCUGCAGCUGGUGCUGGCGCUGAUGAUGCCUCAGAUGCUUCCGGGGCAGGGUCGGUCCAUUCAGCCUCCCAUGCAGGGUCAGAGUUCUCAACCCUCACGGCGGCCCUAGAGGCGGAUGAGGCUGCGGAACCGGUGCCCAUUGAUCCUCAUGCUCCACCGGCUGGGCCACCAGUCCCGGUCCGCCCGCCGACGCCGUUCUCGACAUUGCCGCCUAUGCCCUCCAGUUUAUCACCUCGUCCAGCUCGCACCAUAGGACCCAUGCCAGGGGAACACAGUGUGGACGGACCGGCCUGGCACCGGUCCCUGGUGCAGAAUGUACUGCAGCACUUAGGGUGCUCGGCUCCUGCCUUCCUGACAGCACCCACGACGCUGGCCGAGGUCCACUCCUGGAAUGCACUACGUAUCAGCAUCUCCGAGGCUGGGCCGGCAGACUACCUCCAGGGUCUUCCGAUUGAGAUUCAGGAUACUGACAGCCUCUUGUUCCGGGGGCCAAGUCACACCAGAUCGCCCAUGGGCAGUGCCACGGGACACGUCCAAAUCGAUGUGGAGAGAGCUGGCAAUGGAGGCGAGGGUACAGGCGAAUCAGAGGACGCCCACGACUCGCCGGAGUCGGUCUGGGAUGACGACGCAGGGCCCGUGCACUCUGCAACCCGAGUGGGACCACCCACGACCACAGCGACCCUGGCCUUGGCCUCGGACACCUCGGAUGACCUGCCACCUGUGCCCACCAUCGCGGCGAAUGGAGAUGACACCCUGGAGCUCGACGACCCCAUGGCUUACACGGCCACUAGCUCGGAGGCUGUUGCGACCGCCCCGUCCUCGGUUCUGCCGGGGGACCUCAUCUAUGAGGCCGGUGACGUUUCUUUCAAUUUGAGCGCAGCAAGUCGCUGUCUUCAAGAAACUCGCAACAUGGUUGCUCGCAUGCGAGAACGAAAUCGUCACCACCGGCAGGAAGACGGUCACAAUCAUGGAGAUGAGGAUGCCACCAGGUACGACUGCCUCGCCUGCCCUGCCAAGGCGAGGCUGUACCGGAGCAUCAGCUUCUGCCUCGAGGCACUGGAUGCUGCACUCUCGGCCCUUUGGUCCUGUGCUGCUCCUGCAUCCAGCUCUGGAUCCUUAGCCACAGGCCGAACCUUCACCUCUGCACAAGUUCCAGAGGACAGAAGCAAGGCGCUGCACAAGUGCCUCAAUCGCAUUCCAGCCCGAGACUCAAUUGUUGUGGUAGGUACUUUUGCAAACCUUUCGGUUAACCGCCUUGAAUACCUGGUAUCCCACCCCGGGAGGUUCGUACUCUUCACCACUUUCAGGUGGGCGCUGCAAGAAGAGGCCGACGCCCCGGUCCCUGCAUUGACCAAGAGGCGCUCCUGCAUGCUCUGGACCAUCCUCAUGAAGCAGGGUCUUCGAGGCUGGUUCCAGGCCUGGAAGGCUUGGAAAACCUUUGACCGGCAGUACCGUGCUCAUCAGAAACGGUGCAAGCAGGCUAGACGGGCUGUUUUGCUGCAGGCCAUGGAGGAGGUGCGAAAGCGUAUGCAGCUACGUGGUAAUGAUGGCCAGAUGCUCACACCGGACCAGGAACUGCGUCUCCUUACACAACAUUUUUCGCACAGGUUCCGGGCCACGCAGCCAGCUGAUGUUACAAUGGCCACCCGUACCUGGGAAGGUAGCGGCAACUUUCCCCUGGAUGCUACCGUGCUGUGUCACUAUAUUCAGCAGGUUCCUCGACGGAAGGCCGUGCCACAAGGGCACCCACCCAGUGCUUCGUGGAGGCUCUGUGCGGACUUGAUCUCGCCAUGGCUGUGUGAUGUCCUUCAUGCGCAAUGGACCACCCCCGCACUGCAAAUCCCCAGGGCCUGGACAGAUGUUGACUUAGCGCUGGUCCCCAAACCAGACCGUUCUGGUCGGGACCCCCAGGACCACCGUCCAAUAGGCUUAGCUUGUCCCUUAGGAAAGAAGUUCCUAGGUGCGCUCCUGCAGCCACAUGUGCCGGGCAUCAUCGAGAAAAUCAAGCUCUUCCCUCAGUUCGCCUAUCAGCAAGGACGUUCACAAUUCGCAGCACUCAGACGCGUCUACCAGCAUUGUUCGUCCGUGCGUGUACAGCUUCAACAGCACACCAGGAAUCCCCACCAACGAUUUGCAGGAACGAAGGCUGUACCACUUUAUGGAGCCCUCAUGCUAACGGUGGACCUCGCCCAGGCCUUCGAUAGAAUGCCGCGAUCCAAGUUGUAUCAGGGGCUCUGUCGACUGGAGCUCCCACAGGAUCUCAUACACAUCCUCAUGGCCUGGCACUCGUCCAUACACUACAACAUCCACCAUCAUCAGAACACCUGCUCCUUUCGCGCCUCUCAAGGCAUCCGUCAGGGAUGCUCAGUGGCGCCCUUGCUGUGGCUGGUCUUCACACACGAGGUGUGCUGUGCACUGGCUGACAAGGUGGGCCGAAGCACCCUCCUCAGAAUCCUCACUAUGUUCGCCGACGACUUCCUGCUGGCGGACUCUUUCACGUCACUGGCCGAGCUAGAGCACUUACUCAACAUUGUUGCUGUGCUCUUUAAAACACUUGAGGCCUUUGGCAUGCAGGUGUCGGCUCAGAAGUCGAAAGCGAUUCUGGCCCUGCGAGGGACUCUAAGCAACUCUGUGCGCAAGAGGUUUGUUCGGCCAACACAAUCAGGGGAAGCAGCCUUCCAGCGUCUUGGCAAAGUGCUGAAGGGCCAACACCACCUCACCGCUCCCCAGAUGGACUGCCGCAAUGCAGGCGGGUACUGUCGGGUCAAGCCACUGCCUGCACCUGGCCCGGAUGAUAACGAUGACUUGCCCUUGCAGCGAGGCGGCUGCAUUUGGACAGGCGCUGCUGAGCUCGGGAAGUUCGACACCGGAAAUGGCGAUCAGCAAUACCAGCCCCUCGUCAAGGCCAUGGCUCGGCUGAUCAUCCGCCAGGAGACCAGCAUACAGAUCUUGAAGCAGAACUCAGCUUGGGACGUGUACCUACAGCCGGGACAGCAGGGACCACUCCCCAUGUUGUUCCGAGCCUCAGAGGCGUACCGUACGGAGGCGAAGAACAAGCGCAUGGAAUGCCCGCUGCGAGCCCAGUUGCUCCACACCCUCUUUCAGACGGUGCUGACCUGCAUCACCAACCUGAAGGACAACGCUGCACAAUCACAGGCGGCCCAGGCCAGAGGCUGGUUGACUCAGGAAGGCCGCUGGGUCUACCAACAGUGGGACCAGCAGACCCAGGCCCUGAUCGUGGACAACAGUCGUCAGCCCCUCGACUUCCAGGAGCUGCUCAACCUACUUUCGGCGAUGGCUCAGGCAGUACGUCGGAAGGAUGUUGUCCACAGAUUCAAUGCCACCCACCAGCUGGCAGCAGACCAGCGGGGGACGGCUCGCUUUAUGCUGGAGAUUGGGCUUCGGGCGGAGGGAGUGGCGGAUGUGUGGAAGGGCCUGGAAGCUCUUCAAGGGCUUGCAGCCCUGCAAAUCGUGGGUAUGCAGUUGAGGCGAGAUGGUCUUCGGCGAUCCAACCUGGCAGAGGACGUCCAGAGGAUGCUGGGAGAACUCUAG